AUGGGGAUGAUGGAGAUGAUGGGGAUGAUGGGGAUGAUGGGGAUGAUGGGGGUGAUGGAGAUGAUGGAUGAUGGGGAUGAUGGGGAUGAUGGGGGUGAUGGGGAUGGGGAUGAUGGGGAUGAUGGGUGUGAUGGAGAUGAUGGGGAUGAGGGGGUUGAUGUGGAUGAUGGAGACGAUGGGGAUGAUGUGAAUGAUGUGGAUGAUGGAGAUGAUGAAGAUGAUGGGGAUGAUGGGGAUUAUGGGGAUGAUGGAGGGGAAGAUGGAGAUGAUGAAGAUGAUGGGGGUGAUGGGGAUGAUGGGGAUGAUGGAGAUGAUGAUGAUGAUGGGGAUGAUGGGGAUGAUGGGGAUGAUGGAGAUGAUGAUGAUGAUGGGGAUGGAUGGGGGUGA